UGGUCGUUUCGGGGAGGGAUGAGACCCCGGGGCUCCCUGGGAUGAUGGCAGAAGGAGCAUCCUCCCUCCACUUCGUUCACCAGCACAUCUUUGGGAGAACAUCUCCCGGUUGUUUGCUCAUGCAGACCUAGGUCCCCUUCCCCUUCCUUCCUGCCUCUAGCUCCGGGUCUCCAUUAUGGAGAAUCCCGGGUUCUUGCUGCUCUUUUAAGGCUCCUACGUUAGUUUGCCCGUGGCGGUGCCGGUUUCAUUAGUAAGGCAGGGGCUCCAGAACCAUUAAAAAAAGCACUUCUUUAAUCUAGAGUUUUUUUGAAUAUUCAUCUUGUACAGUGUUUACUGCUCGAUUUGAUAAAGUAUCUCACCCUUAGGAUAAAGUAUUCUGAGGUUUGCAGAGUAUAUAUGUAAUAUUUUCUUGCCUGUAAAUAGCGAUAGCCAGUCAAACUAUGCAUUCCGUCACCACCGCCCAAAAGUAGGGGCUGUAGCCAGUUAAUCACCUCAUACCAGAAUACUCCUACUUUGCCUAUUUUGGGGACCUUUGUGACUUGUCUUUGCAACAACUGCCAGAGAUGACAUUCCUCUUCUGGGACCUGGACGCGCUUUGGCGAGGUUUGCGACUGGACUGAUGGAUUUCAAAUGAAUCAACUUGAACUUCUGUAAGCCCAGGCAUGGCGGAGGGGAGCCGAGUGUGCUGGAAACAAUGCUGCAGAGCAACCAAGAAGAGGCUGCCGGUGCUAAAGUGGCUUCCCAAGUAUUCUCUCCAGUGGCUGCAGUUCGAUCUCAUCGCUGGACUUACUGUGGGGUUGACCGUUGUGCCCCAGGCCCUUGCCUACGCUGUAGUGGCUGGCCUUCCAGUGCAGUAUGGUCUUUAUUCCUCCUUCAUGGGCUGCUUUGUCUACUUCCUGUUGGGGACCUCGAAGGAUGUUACGCUGGGGCCUACAGCUAUCAUGUCCCUGUUGGUCUCAUCCUAUGCAUCCCAUGACCCUGCCAAUGCGGUCCUGCUUGCUUUCCUCUCAGGCUGCAUCCAGUUAGCUAUGGGACUUCUCCAUCUUGGUUUUCUCUUGGAUUUUGUCUCCUAUCCCGUCAUUAAAGGGUUCACAUCGGCCGCUGCUGUCACUAUUGGGUUCAACCAGAUCAAGGCACUCCUGGGCUUGCAGAACAUCCCACGACAGUUCGUCUUGCAAGUGUAUUACACUUUCUGCAAAAUUGGUGAGACAAGGGCUGCGGAUGCCAUCCUUGGGCUGUUCUGCCUGAUAUUCCUUGUGGGGCUGCAACAAAUGAAAAAGAGCAUCCCCAGAAGCCACCGGAUGGAGAGUUUUUCUGUCAGGAUCAGUCACCUUAUAGUCUGGACUGCAGCUACAGCCCGUAACGCUCUGGUGGUCCUUUUUGCUGGUCUCGUGGCUUACUCCUUCCAGGUGAUGGGCUCCCAGCCAUUCACCCUCACAGGAGCCACACCUCAGGGACUCCCUCCGUUCCAGCCACCGCCUUUUUCCAAAGUCACACCCAACGGGACCGUUUCCUUUCAAAAGAUGGUGCAAGCAAUGGGCGAUGGUUUGGUGGUGGUGCCACUCAUGGGACUGCUGGAGACAGUGGCUAUUGCCAAAGCAUUUGCUUCUCAGAACAACUACCAAAUUGAUUCCAACCAAGAGCUCUUGGCCAUGGGGUUCACCAACAUCCUAGGUUCCUUUGUGUCAUCCUAUCCUGUCACAGGCAGCUUUGGCCGGACCGCUCUGAAUGCACAAACGGGUGUGUGCACGCCUGCUGGAGGACUAAUCACAGGGGCUGUGGUGCUGCUGUCUGUAGCCUAUCUGACUUCUCUCUUCUACUACAUUCCCGAAGCAGCGCUGGCAGCUGUCAUCAUCUGCGCUGUGGCUCCCAUGUUUGAUGCCAAGAUUUUCUGCACGUUAUGGCAGGUUAAAAGGCUGGACCUCUUGCCACUCAGUGUGACAUUCUUGCUGUGCUUCUGGGAGGUGCAGUACGGCAUCAUUGCAGGAGUGCUGGUCUCUGGUGUUCUUCUGCUCUACCCCAUUGCCAGGCCACGGAUAAAGGUCUUGAACCAUGGGGCACUAGUCAUACAGCCUGCUAGCGGCCUGAAUUUCCCAGCAAUUGAGUUCCUUCGAGAGACUGUGUACAAGCAAGCUCUGUCAGGACCCCAACUGCACAGCGUCAUCCUGGAUUGCACCCAUGUCAGUGACAUUGACUACACUGUUGUGUUGGGCUUGUCUGAGCUGUUCCAGGAAUUCCAGCACAAGAGACUCUCCUUCAUCUUCACUGGCUUGCAGGCACAUGUUCGCCAAGUCUUGCUGGCUGCUAAUCUGGAAGGUUUCUGUAGUUUUCCGAGUUUGAACGAUGCAGAGAAGAUUCUUAAAGAGGAGCCGUGCAGUCCAAGAGAGGUCUUUUUCGAUGAUGGCAGUGAGAACAUAUUGCCAACCUCUGGGAUCAUCCAGUGAGGAUCUUGGGCUUCUAAUGCCUCUUCCUGCCCACUAGGAGUUUCCUACCCUUGACACCGACAUUUUUGGACCUUGAAUAACACAAUGGAGCAUGGAUUCGAAGAGCUUGCAGGUGCUCUUGUGUCGUUGCCUGUGCACUUCUUGGCCAUUAGGCAACUUUGAAUUCAGACGUUGCUGAGGAUCUGGAGCUGUGCGUGUCACGAAAGAUGAGAGUUGGCAUAAGUUUGGAUAAGAAAGGGAUGAAAAUGCAAUUACUGCAAAUGGUGUACAGUUUCUGGGAAGUGGGAAAACUGAAGAGAGCGUGCAGUGGCACAGCAGCACUUCUAGCUGGAAGGGUUAUGGUAUAUCCAAAUAAAACUGUUCCUAUAAUUUAUUUCUAAAUGCACUUUGCACUCCAGUGAGACAGUUAAGGGACCACAGAUCUUGAAAGGGGAGGGGGAGAGAGCACAACAUUUUUUUAGAAAAUGGAAGUAAAAAUUAGGUGAAACAGAUAGGUACCUAUCCUGGAUGGGUAGUGGGAAACUGUCCGGUUGUAUAAUUUGGAAUGAUUUAGGCAGGGAAUGAAAUGCAUGAAGCCAGUUUUCCUGACAGUGUAGAAUUUGGGGGCAUCUUGAGAACUAAUAAAUUUUAUUUUGCAUAAGCCCAA